AUGCAGAAAGGAAUACGACUUAAUGAUGGUCAUGUCACCUACCUGGGGCUUUUGGCAAAAAAGGAUGGUACAAGACGAGGGUGCUUGAGCAAAAAGAGCUCAGACAACACGAAAUGGCACUCAAAGUGGUUUGCUUUGUUACAGAAUAUGCUCUUUUAUUUUGAGAACGAGUCCAGCUCUCGACCCUCGGGAUUAUACCUGUUGGAGGGAUGCAUAUGCGACAGGGCGCCUUCACCGAAACCUUCGCUGUCAGCCAAGGAGUGUUUGGAAAAGCAGUACUAUUUCACUGUCAGCUUCACCCAUGAAAACCAGAAGGCGCUCGAGUUACGCACAGAAGAUGUAAAGGACUGCGAUGAAUGGGUGGCUGCAAUAUCACACGCCAGUUACAGAAACUUGGCCACCGAGCAUGAGACUCUCAUGCAGAAGUAUCUUCAUCUGCUUCAGAUUGUGGAGACGGAGAAAACAGUUGCUAAGCAACUUCGACAACAGAUAGAAGAUGGGGAAAUAGAGAUUGAAAGGCUUAAGUCAGAGAUCUCUGGGCUGCUCAAAGACAACGAGAAGAUUCACGCCAGCCCUGCAGCCACCCCAACUGAUGACGACUCAGAAAUCAAGAAGAUCAAAAAAGUCCAGAGCUUCCUGCGAGGCUGGAUCUGCAGGAGGAAGUGGAAGACAAUCAUUCAGGAUUACAUCCGCUCUCCACACGCAGAGAGCAUGAGGAAGAGGAACCAGGUGGUGUUCAGCAUGCUGGACUCGGAGGCCGAGUACGUCCAGCAGCUUCACAUCCUGGUGAACAACUUCCUGAGGCCGCUCCGCAUGGCAGCCAGCUCCAAGAAACCGCCCAUCACCCAUGAUGAUGUCAGCAGCAUAUUCCUCAACAGUGAAACUAUCAUGUUUCUACAUCAGAUAUUUUACCAGGGUCUAAAAGCCAGAAUAGCAAGCUGGCCAACAUUAGUGUUGGCGGACCUGUUUGACAUCCUGCUGCCCAUGCUGAACAUCUACCAGGAGUUUGUGAGGAACCACCAGUACAGCCUGCAGAUCCUGGCUCAUUGCAAGCAGAACCGAGACUUUGACAAGCUGCUGAAGCAGUACGAGGCCAAGCCCGACUGUGAGGAGAGGACUCUGGAGACUUUCCUCACCUACCCCAUGUUCCAGAUUCCCCGCUACAUUCUUACGCUCCACGAACUUCUGGCGCACACACCCCAUGAACAUAUAGAGAGAAACAGUCUGGACUACGCCAAAUCUAAGCUGGAGGAGCUUUCCAGAAUCAUGCACGAUGAAGUGAGCGAGACCGAAAACAUCAGGAAGAACCUGGCAAUAGAGCGCAUGAUCGUAGAGGGCUGCGAGAUUCUCCUCGACACCAGCCAGACGUUUGUAAGACAAGGGUCCCUCAUCCAGGUGCCGAUGAGCGAGAAGGGCAAGAUCACCCGUGGGCGACUGGGCUCUCUGUCUCUGAAGAAGGAGGGGGAGAGGCAGUGCUUUCUCUUCUCCAAGCAUUUAAUCAUCUGCACCAGGGGUUCUGGGGGAAAGCUUCAUCUCACCAAGAAUGGAGUAGUCUCGCUUAUAGACUGCACUCUUAUGGAGGACCCUGAGGGGACAGACGAUGAGUCCAAAUCAGACAAGAGCGGUCAGGACAUGGAGCACCUGGACUUUAAGAUUGUCGUUGAGCCAAAGGACAGCCAGUCAUUCACAGUCAUCCUGGUGGCCUCCUCGAGGCAGGAGAAGUCUGCAUGGACCAGUGACAUCAGCCAGUGCAUAGACAACAUCCGCUGCAAUGGGCUGAUGAUGAACGCCUUUGAAGACAACUCUAAAGUCACAGUGCCACAGAUGAUCAAGUCGGAUUCAAGUCUGUACUGCGAUGAUGUGGACAUCCGCUUCAGUAAGAUGAUGAACUCCUGCAAGGUGCUCCAGAUCCGCUACGCCAGCGUCGAGCGCCUGCUGGAGAGACUGACCGACCUCCGUUUCCUCUCCAUCGAUUUCCUCAACACCUUUCUGCACUCCUAUCGCGUGUUCACCACCGCCGAUGUGGUGCUAGACAAACUCAUCACUAUCUACAAGAAGCCCAUCAGUGCCAUCCCUGCUCGGUCCCUGGAGUUAUUCUUUGCCAGUAGUCAGAACAGUAAACUCCUGUAUGGAGAGCCUCCCAGCUCCCCCCGGGCCAGCAGAAAGUUCUCCUCCCCUCCUCCUCUCGCUAUUGCAAAGAAUUCAUCCCCAAACCGCCGGCGCAAGCUCUCUCUCAACAUCCCCAUCAUCACUGGGGGCAAAGCUCUUGACCUGGCUGCCCUCAGCUGCUCCUCCAAUGGCUAUGCAAGCAUGUACUCAACCAUGUCCCCAUUCAGCAAGACCACCUUGGACAUCAACAAACUGUACGUGUCCAGCCCUAUCACAAGCAAAAUCCCUGAUGAGGGAGAAGAUAAGAAGGACAAGGUGGAGGACACCACAGUGUCCAAGCAAGAUCUCUCCGUACGAGAAGAAAGCGACAAUGAUCAAAACCAGAGUGAUGACGGGGACCCAGAAGCCUCUCCUACCAAGUCACCAACCACUCCAAAAAACAUCAAAUCGAAAAACUCCUCAGAGUUCUCCCUGUUUUCCUACAACAAUGGCAUGGUGAUGUCCUCGUGUCGAGAGCUGGAUAACAACCGCAGUGCCCUGUCUGCUGCCUCAGCUUUUGCUAUUGCUACAGCUGGAGCCAAUGAGGGAACACCUACCAAGGAAAAAUAUCGGAGGAUGUCCCUCGCCAGCACUGGCUUCCCAACAGAUCAGAGAAAUGGAGACAAAGAGUUUGUGAUCAGACGGGCAGCGACCAACAGAGUCCUCAAUGUCCUGAGGCACUGGGUGUCCAAACAUUCUCAGGACUUUGAGAGUAACAAUGAGCUGAAGACAAAAGUCAUUGUCUUCCUUGAGGAAGUGAUGCAUGACCCUGAGCUGCUGACCCAGGAGAGGAAAGCAGCAGCCAACAUCAUCAGGACUCUAACUCAGGAAGAUCAUGGUGACAAUCAGAUCACCCUUGAAGACGUAACACCUCUGGUGGAAGGAGGGAAGGCCGACCCCUUUGAGAGCCAUUCUGCAUUGGAGAUCGCAGAGCAGCUCACUCUGCUGGACCACCUGGUGUUUAAGGUCAUCCCAUAUGCGGAAUUCUUUGGACAAGGCUGGAUGAAGAAUGACAAAAAUGAGAAGACGCCGUACAUCAUGAGAACAACAAAGCACUUCAAUGAUAUAAGCAACCUUAUUGCCACAGAGAUCCUGCGUUGUGAGGACGUGGUCACUCGAGUAGUGGUCAUAGAAAAAUGGGUGGCUGUAGCCGACAUCUGUCGCUGUCUCCACAACUACAACGCCGUGCUCGAGAUCACCUCCUCCCUCAACCGCAGCUCUGUCUUCCGCCUCAAGAAGACCUGGCUCAAGGUUUCCAAGCAGACAAAAGCAUUGAUUGACAAGCUGCAGAAGCUAGUCUCAUCAGAGGGGAGGUUCAAAAACCUGAGAGAGGCUUUGAAGAACUGUGAUCCUCCCUGUGUGCCCUAUCUGGGGAUGUACCUCACUGACCUGGCUUUCAUUGAGGAGGGAACGCCCAACUACACUGAAGACAACUUGGUCAACUUCUCGAAAAUGAGAAUGAUUUCUCACAUCAUCAGAGAAAUCAGGCAGUUUCAGCAAACAGCAUACAAGAUUGAACUGCAACCAAAGGUAGCCCAAUAUCUACUGGAUAACAGCUUUGUUCUGGAUGAAGAAAGCCUGUACGAAGCCUCACUCAGAAUUGAGCCUAAAGUGCCCAACUGAUGGGGAAGUUGGCCCUCCACAUUAUUUUCUCUGUUAAUAUUACACAUCAGUUAACAUACACAUCGAUUUUUGUAU